AUGGAGCCCCGGCCGCACCGCUCCGGGCAGCCUCUGCUCUCUCAGAUAGACGAGGAGCGAGGCCGCGCACGCUACAACCAUUCUCGGACGCCUUCACCCUUGCCCGACACACCCCCAGCUCAUCGUCCCAACUUCUCGAGGCGCUCCACCAUGCGAUCCCGCUCCCCCGACAUGCAGGCGCAGAUGGCAGCAAAGAAGAAGUACAUGCUGGCUGCGGUAUUCCUCCUCGUGUCUCUGGUGUCCUUCGUCGUACAGACCGAGCUGGGAACCAUCGUGCAGCAAGAUCUCGGAUGGAACAAGGCCUACUGCAUGCUCUACCUGACACACGGGUCCUGGUCCCUGCUCUGGCCUGCGCAGCUGCUCUUCCUGCGAGUGCAGAACUGGAACACGCCGUGGCCAACCUUCUGGAGGCGGCACGUAUACCUGGUCAAGAGCACGGCACAGAUGGUCCGGAGCCAAACGCUCGACGUCCCCAGACAUAUCUCGACCACGAGUCCUUGGCCUUAUCUGGUUAGGACCACCGCAUUCAUCACCACCUCCCUGACUGUCGCCGGGCUUAGCUGGUACGUGGCGGUCGACAUGACGAGCCCGAGUGACUUGACUGCCAUUUACAACUGUUCUGCCUUCUUCGCCUACGUCUUUAGUGUGCCGCUUCUGAAGGAGAAAUUCCGGCUCGACAAGAGCCUUGCGGUCCUUAUCGCUAUCGCUGGCGUUAUGGCCGUCGCAUAUGGAGACAGCAAGGAAGAUGAUGCAGCCGGUGAGGGUCCUGCUGCGAGCUUGCGGCUCCUUGGCAAUCUGAUCAUUGGUGGCGGUAGCAUCCUCUACGGGCUUUAUGAGGUACUGUACAAGAGAUGGGCCUGUCCGCCGGAGAACAUCAGCGCUACGAGGGGAAUGAUUUUCGCCAACACUUUUGGCAGCUGCAUCGGAACAUUCACGUUGACCGUGCUCUGGCUUCCCCUGCCUCUCUUACACUGGUUGGACAUUGAGACAUUUGAGCUUCCCACGGGCAAGGCUGCGUGGUACUUGUUCUACAGCGUGAUCAUGAACGCCACGUUCGCAGGAUCUUUCCUCGUUCUCAUCAGCCUGACUAGCCCUGUUCUGAGCUCCGUUGCCGCCCUUCUGACGAUAUUCAUUGUCGCAAUUGUGGACUGGAUGAGGACGGGCGAGGGCAUGAGCAAGGUGGCAAUAGUUGGUUGCGGCGCAAUCAUUGCCGCAUUCCUCAUGCUCUCCUGGAGUACCUACCGCGAAAUGGUAGAGGAUGCGAAACGCAAGGCGGAGACAGGAGAAGUCGAGGCCGAAUGGGACAGCGAGGACGACAAGGACGACGAUCGGUUGGAUUAG